AAAAAAAGAACAGACGUAAGGCGACGUUGGUGGCCGCGGUAGUGUGUGGCAGCCUCGCGUAAGCAGGACAGGUGUCUAGCUAAAUCUUGUGUUUGUCGUAGCCGCGUUGAAACCACCCUGUUUCCGCGACACAGAGAAAGUACGCGAGAGAGCUAUGCGGAGUGAAUAUUGCUGAGAUACCUGCGAUUUGCCUGUGCUGUUGAUGGAUGCGCGCGGAGACCGUAUGCAGCCAUCGGUCCGCUGUGUUCAGGACCGACCAACAUGUCUUGGAAAGCUGUCGUCGAUAACAACGACGAGGACUCGCAGAAUGACGUUGCUUUUUCCGACUCCGAAGCUGCCGGGUCGUCUCAGUACAAUCAAGGUGAUGACAUCGAGGCCCCUUGCGGUGCUGCAGCGGUGAGGAGCCUAGACGGCGCCAACUCGGGCCUGUUGCCGCUGGAGUCGCCGUAUCGACUGCCGAGCUCAAGUUUCUAUGCUCGAAGAGUGACGCCUCCGAACGUCGCACUGACCGACGCGCAAGAGCCUCGAAACAGUUGCAUGGAACAGGACGGCGAGGACACAGCGAGCAGCCCUCGUUCGAGCGUCACCGAUUCGGAAGGUCUCUCGUCGCUCAGCGAGGGCUCGAUGGAGGAUUUGUCCGAGUCGGAGUCCAUCACCGAUGUGACACCGCUUCACUCGCCUUACAUGUGUGACAGCCCCGUGCCUGCAGUGAAGUUGCCCGUUAGCAAACUGACCAUGCAGGCAGCAGCUGCUGCCAGCGACAGCAGCAGUGGCAGCGAGUCCGACCGGAGUUCCUUCAGUGGCGCCAGGCGCAAAAGCGCCGUGGCUGCGGGAAAGGUCCGCCUGGGAACCAAGCACCAUCAGCGGGAACCCGUCGACCUGCAGCUUCUCGUGGAUGCCAUCAGGCGCCUCGAGGCGCAUCAGUGCGAACAGAGCCGGGCACGCAAAGAAGCUCCGGUAAAGGGGCGCAAGAAUAUGUCGUUCUCGAACGAAGAAGUCCAGCGCAUCGACCGCGAAAACCAGCGACUCUUGAAGCGCAUCCUGGCUCAACAGAACCGACCGAGGCCGAAAUUUGACUCAAGGACGCCGUCCCGUCUGGCGCCAUCGGCAAUCAACAGGCAGCGGCAGCAGCGGCAGAUUGAAGUGGAAAACCUCGCACUUCUCAAGAAAAUCGAGUCUGCUAAGCCAUCCCGUGAAGUGGCACCCUCACCAGACCACCUACAGAGAGCACGAUCGCAUUCACUCUCUCUGACACGUCAUACUCUGCAGACUCCUCCCGUGAUGGUGGCGGCAGCGGCACCACCACCUUUGGCAGGGGUCAAGCAUUUCCCACCGCGUCAGAAACAUCACUCCCACUGAGAGGGCCUUUGUGUAGUGAAAAAUGCAUCCCACCAAAGUUCCUGUUAUGGCAUUGCUGUGGACCUAUGUACGGCUAUUCCCCAAACGUGCAUUUGUGAUGUUCUCUACUGUUGGUGGCUAGUGCUGUGAAACGGGGCCUGUUCCAAGACGGCGCCGAUUGGUCGAAUUCGGUGGUGCAACCUGGCCGAGCUUACAUUCUCCUGGCAAACAAGCAGUCUUUUAAUGGCACUCUCAGAUUUUUUUUCCCCUCCAGUACCUUAAAGAAGCACUUGAAGGCCUGGCCAUUUAUUCACUAUGCCAAACUAUUUGGAUCGUCUUGAUUGUGUUAGUACAGAUUUCCCACUAGUCAUCUAAUUAUAGUAAAUGAGGUACUGCAUCAUCUACAAGAAAUGCGCGUUUCUUCCCAGUUAUCUAUCGAUUGUCCAUUGUAGAUCGCUGUUGGUGUUUAUACCUCUGUUUCAUUCAGAUCCAAAAUUGCAGGUAUUCAGCGUUCACUGAAACAGUCCAACUGCUUUGGCUGCUGUGGUCAACGGCAACAGUAUCAUGGUGAAGCGGUUUGAAGUCUGUUCAGCGCUUUAUAUUCCACGUUUGUAUCUCGUCAGAGCAAUGAUGCAGGUAGUGGAGCUUGUGAAUGCUGCACUGUGAUCAAGCUUACAAUUUGGGCUUGCUCAAAAGUGUUGCCUGAAAUGUGCAUUGUACACCAUGUUUUAGUGUUGUAAUGGAGUGUGAUCACAUUCAUUCCUUUUUUUUUUUUGUGCAAGUGAAAUUAGCCUGUGCAUCUACUGUGCAACAUGGCUAGCACACAGCUAAAACCUUACACCAUUGAAGUUGCUCAUGUACAGUACUCUCUGAUUGGAACAGGACAAUUUAGGGCUAAGUAACAGGCCUUACUUUCUUUUCCUCCAUCUUCAGCCCGGUUAUAUCAGCAUAGUUUCGACUCAAGCAUGUAGAUUAGAGCCAACAUUAGUUUGAGAGACCAGACGUCGCCACAUGGUGGGGCAAAUCGUGCAUACCAGAUGUUGUACCAAGAAAUUGAGUCUUGUUUGAAUCCUUAUGUACUGUUCAUGGAUUUGGUUUACUUACACGGUGUACCUACGCGUGGCUUUUUUGCACAGCUCAAAUAAGUUCCAGUGGCACAACUGUCCAUGCUGAACGAGCUCUUAUGCUAAAGUGCUAAUGACGUGCUUUGGGGCAAUGUUGGCUAUAGGAAGACAAGUUACUCUAUCGUGCUGACAUUUCAUUUUGUAUUUACAUCAGAGGUGGCUUAAUCGGACCUCACAGAUGUGGCCACAUGCAGUGUGGCUGUGGGUAUGGAACAGAUAUCUUUGGCACUGUGCGAAUAAGUCUUGUGUAAAAGGUGUAUACAAUGUGUUGAGAAUGCUGUUGCAUAGGCCAUAGCAACUUGCAAUGUGCAUAAAUUUUUAUCUGCCCAUCAUAAGCACUUGUAAAUAAUGCUGUCCAAACCCUUGGCUACGCUUGUGCUUGAGGCAGCCUCUUGUGAAGUGUACUUAGGAAUUUUUUUUACUUUCUAGUAGCAUGCAUACUAGAGCUUGGUGUGUGAAGCCAACAUUAUUUUUGUUCAUAGACUUGCCUUAUGCUUGCAUAAAGUAGCACCCAGGGUUCGCACUUUUGCACUGCUUGUGUGACUGCUAUGCAAAAAUUGGCGAGUAAAUUACUUUGACAUCAAAUAAGGUAAUGCAACUAUCACAGCCAUGAAGCGCCAUGUCAACGCCAAAACUGAACAGAGUAUUGUGGAAAGCCAACUCUCAGGGACACAAGUCCACGUGUACAGCUCCAACAAAUCACAAACAUUGUAUUGCACAGCUCUUCCUUCAAGGUACAUAGAAAAUUCAGCAAGAAUCUUGACACGGUUUUUAAUUGUAAUGGUGAUUCUGCACUCGUUCUUGAAAUGUUAUGGUAACUGCACUUUUUCUGGCCAAAAAGCACAGGCUAAGAAUGUGAUCUCAGAGGAAAAAAAUGCACGCAUUCUCUUUACUAUCAUGCCCUUUGACCAAGAUGCCAACAAAAAGGUAGAAUGCAUUUUUCUGUGAGCUUCACAAAGGUAGGGAAACAUUGUGUCAGUUUUAAGACAGAAAAACUAUUUUUUGAGAGCUCACAAUCACUGCUAAUGCCAUUGUGGGUUCAUUAUUAAAGGAGGACGUCGUCAAAAUUUUGUGUUGGAUUUGCACACCUUUUUUUUUGGUGCACUUUGGGCGUUGAAAUCCAUUGCAUCAUAGCAUAGCCACCAUUUUAAUUUAAAUCUUCUAAAAUUUGCCAUCUUAAAACCAUGCGUCUCUUGGAACACAAUGAACAUCUUCAGUAACAAACAAUAGCGUGUGCCCAAGCAGAUGCUGUCCAAGUCUACAAUGUCUAGGUUCUCACUUACCAAGCGUCUUCUCACAGUAAGAGUUGUGUGGUCAUUCUAAAGGGUGUCGUCCCCAAAUGGGAGGCAACUAAUGGCAGGACUAGUGUACCUUGGCCUGAUAUGCCUGUUCAGGGGUGGCACAGUACUGUUCUGGUGCAAAGGAAUCACUGAGCAAACAUUCGGUAAGCAUUUCUCUCUCACUUUUUUUUAAAACCAUGGACAUGUGCAUGCUCUCUUUACACAAAUCUAGUGGUCCGUCGGUGGUCUGUGCUGUUCAAAUUGUACUCAUGAGUAUUUAUAAAAAGUAGCAGAACAUGAAUAGAGAAUUACCGAUUUGAAAGAGAUUAGUACAAGUGAUGACUGCUCUGAAAAAAAAA